AUGGAAGGGUGCCCUCUCAUAAUAUCAAACCAGCUUCUGCUUCCUUCGCAACUCACAAAGUCGGAGUCUUUAAUUCAAGCCGUCUCUCAGUGUGUGGCUUUUGCAGGACCUCUCGUCCAAAAAAAGUGGCCAUGGGCGCCAUUGUCAUAUCAGCAACGAGCAAUAUCUGCUGCACCAGAUUCUGUAGCUUUCACCAGAAAGCUGUAG